CCGGAACGCUGAGAGCUGAACCAGAAACGGGACGGAGGUAGGGUUCUAGCCGCCGGCCAUGGCCCUCUCCUCCUCUUCGUCCUCCCUGCUCCGCCGCCUCCUCGGCUCCACUGCCCUUCCGUCCUCCGCCUCCUCCGCACUACGCGCCGCCUUCUGCUCCUCCUCAUCCUCGGGCCCCUCACCCACCCUGCCACCCGCGUCCUCCAUCUUCGGCGACGACACCGAGGUCACCAACGUGCCGCCGCUCACCACCCCGAAGCUCUUCGUCAGCGGACUUUCAAGGCUAACUACGGAUGACAAGCUUAAGAGCGCUUUCGCUCCCUUUGGGCAGCUCCUUGAAGCGAAAGUCAUAACGGAUAGAGUUUCUGGGAGAUCAAAGGGCUUUGGUUUUGUGAGGUAUGCCAGUUUAGAGGAAGCCGAGACGGCCCGGCAGGGGAUGAACGCCAAGUUUCUAGACGGAUGGGUCAUAUUUGUUGACCCUGCGAAGCCAAGGGAGCAGAAGCCUGCUCCUCAGCCAGAUAGUGUCUCCCACACUGGCUUCAGAACUAAUAAAACUGUAGGAUGGUGUGGUUAGUCGUGUAGCCUCUUUGUCCUAGGCUCCUAGCUCUACAGAUGCACCUGGAGUAUCUUAUAUGCUGUAAGAUGUUUGUGAUUGUUAUUCUGGUGGGCGACAAAUGAAUAAAUAAAAUUGAUGGUGACAUUUUUGAAAAUGUUGAUGAUUUUA